AUGAUUCUCCUUGAUGGGAUCGACGACAAGCCCGACGACCGCCAGGCUCACAAGCUCGUGGCUGAGGCCUCCACCUCCGUCUCGGUAACCUACGACCCUUUCUUACCCGAAAUUAAAGAGAAGCGGACCCGCAGGCGGAGAUGCAGGAAAUACGGAGUGUUUGCCCUUACCAUUUACUUUCUCCUUACCGUCGUCAUCGGCAUCCCAAUCAUUGUUGUUAAAAUGAAGAAGAAGACGGCCAUUAAGGGCAAUCCCUAUCCACCAUGGGACCAAUCCUCUCCUACCGUCACAAACUCCAUUACCCUUGGUGACGCGCCGUUGAGGCUAUCUGCAGCAAGAUCAUGCAAUGCUUGGCACGUCAAGGAUAGACCGGCUGGCAACUUGUUCCUGUCCCAACUGAACUACUCCAUCCCUACAAAUCGCUCCGUCUUUCUCAAUACCAACAUUUCCUACACUUCCAACGCGGCCUAUCUCAACCAUUUCUCCGGCUCGUUGCUAGUCGAUGUAAACGAUGACCCGUCUGUUGACGAAGGUAUCAUUUACGUGUCGAUGUAUUCAACGAGUCCCCGGCUUUCGAAAGAGACGAACGUCUGUCAGAUGCUGACGGGUCAAGGGGGUGGACUCUACAUCUUCACCCCUCAGUUGUUGAAUCAGUCGGACGCCCUUUCUUUCAACAUCACCCUCCUGCUCCCACAAGGCAACCCAUCCCCUUCCUACGUGCCCCAACUCCUAUGUCACCUCCCUCACUUCCAACAUACCUAUGGACAACUCGACCCCGCUGUUGCUUUCGAUACCGUUGUGUUUGGUGGAGCUAUGGCAGGCGUAUUUGUUCAGUCAAUACGGGCCUCUUCCGUCACAAUCAAAGCCUCCACUGCGGAAAUUCGUGGCUCCUUCAAAGUGGACUCCAUGCUCUCGCUGGAAACGGUUUCUGCUCCAAUACAUGCUGAUAUCCAUCUCAUGAACAACAACACCCCCCGUACACCAACGUACAUGCGGCUCACCACUGGAAAUAACAUCCUCAAUGCGAACGUCACCCUCUAUGUCGCCCCUCCAUCAGAUGAUGGCCACAACAGUGACAGCGAUGAUGAACAAGAUGGCAUGAUUCCCGCGCAUGGACCGCAUUUCAUCGCCAGCGUGGAGACGUUCAACGCUCCGUUGGAUGUUUCUAUCACUCACGACCCGUCAACGUAUCCCGUGAACUUGCAGAUGCGCGCGUCAAACAAUCUCGGCAAUACUCGUUUCACUGUCGACCCCCUCUACUCAGGCACUUUCGACGUUAACACCAUGUUUGCGCAAGCAGACGUGCUGACCUGGGAUGGCUCGGACUUCGACGCUCACUACGAUGACCCACAUGGCGAUGCCUCGGAUUCGGACGACGACAAUUAUUCCAGUACCAACUCGUCAACCUCGGGGAACACUCGACGACGGAAUUUGCCUCCGCCUCCACCCCCACCUCCCGAGUCAGCCAAUCUUGACCUUAUCAACACAGUGAUCAAGAAAGGGAAGGUCCGCAUGUUUCUGCCGAAUUACGUCCAAUCCACCUCCACGACUGCAGCAGUCACGGCAACCUCUACGAACGCAUCCGGCCGAUGCCUUGAAUAUGACCUCAUUUCGAGCUCGCAAAUUCGCGGCUGGGUUGGCGUUCCUCCACGACCAUUACCAAAUCCUUUCGGACCGAAGGCGGACAACAUGAGCCACAUCGAGGUUGUGUCAUCACUAAGUGGCGCCCAGCUCCUCCUCCACCACAUACCCGACAUUACACCCCCACGCUCCCCGCCGCUUUGA